AUGGCAGAUCACGAUACUAGACUUCUUUACACAGCUACCGAGCAUCUGAACGAUGUGCUGGUAUCAUCUUUUCUCUUCAAGAGAUCAUAUGGGACGUCUGGUAAAAUCGCAGUUCAAGAACCGGUCAAUCUUGGCUCUGAAUCCACGAACGGCCACCAUGGGAAAGCUGUGGUCACCACUCAACAUAAGUUCAACAAAAGCAAGUACCAUGAAUACUGGUGUGUGCUGAGACGAGGCCAAUUCAGCUACUAUAAAGACAAAAGUGAACGAAAAGCUAUCGACGUUAUCCCUGCAGAAGAGAUACUGGGGUUUCGUCCCAACGAAAAAGAGCUGCUUUUUGAUUUCUACACGAUCCGCAAGACCUACUAUCUCAGAGCGGACUCGCCAAAAGUGUUCAAGGAUUGGGAUUAUGCCCUGAAGGAGUUUUUCGCCGACAGAAGACUACAUGCAACGUCGAAGAUGGAACUGCUUUUAGAACACACAACCAAGGGGGAAAGUAAACCAAGGGUGCUGGAAGCUGGUGAUCACGAUGAGGAAGAUGAAAAUGACGAUGAACAUGACGAAAAUGACGAGAAUGACGAAAAUGACGACGAAAAUGAUGAAAAUGACGAGAAUGACGACGAUUUCCAAAUAUUGUCGGAAGCUCGUCAACCUAGUCCUACUACCUAUAUUCGAAGGUCACCGUCGCGAUCUGUACCGGUUCCAGAUGAAGAUCGUGAGUUCUAUGCCAUUUUCAGUCCUACGCAAGUUCCUCCACGCUCCAUUCAGAAGGGAGUUCUCUACUGUAGAAUUAAAAAGCGGCUAGGACGCAGAGCGUGGAAAAAAGUUUCCGCUACUCUUGAUAGCUCGUCGCUGUACAUCAGUUCCAUAUCUUCUGGGAAACUAUACUGGCGCAUCCAUCUCGACAAGGUUGUCGAUGCGAUCGAAGAUGAAAAGAAUCGCCGCUGUUUCACGGGUUUCGCCAUUAUAACUUUUGAUGAGCGGCUCAAGUUUCGUGCUAUGAGCGAACAAGAAUCCAUUGAUUGGAUCAUGAAUUUGAAAAGUUGUGUUGUUGCCAGAAGGAAGCUGGAACAGCUGGACCCUCUCGCUACUUCCUGA